GCCCGCAGCCAAGAUGGCGCUCGCGGCCUCUCCGCCCCUCGGCGGCGGCCCGGGGCGUGUGCCGGAAUGCGGGCGGGGCGGGCGAUGUGGCGAGGCCCGGCCCCCUCCGCCGCCCGGCAUUGCCCGGCCGCCGCCCGCCGUGGCCCGGGUAGGCUGCGUGGAGAGAGGCCGCGGUAGCGCGGGGGGAGCUGCCGGAGGCCGAGGGCGCGAGAUUAAAACCGAAGAGGCGCUAGCGAAGAACGGACAUGCUUGACACUUGCCUGCAGUUGCUUGUGUUGUGCUACGUUUUUUACCCGAAAAGGAGAGACUGAGACGCUAUUAUUUUCAUCCUUGACUCUUCGGGUUAUGAUAUAACUGUAAUAGUAAAGUAAAACCUGCGGAAAGAGCACCUGGGAACUGAGCAUGGUAGGAUCUUAAACCAAAGUAGCUGCUAUCGACGAAAAGAGGAAGGGAAGGAAUGGCAUCCCGAGAGAGGCUGUAUGAGCUUUGGAUGCUUUACUGCAAUAAGAAAGAUCCAGAUUACCUGAAGCUGUGGCUGGAUAGCUUUGUUUCUAGCUAUGAACAGUUUCUGGAUGUGGACUUUGAGAAGCUGCCGACUAGGGUGGAUGACAUUCCUCCAGGAAUAUCCCUGCUUCCUGAUAACAUUCUUCAGGUCCUCAGGCUCCAGCUGCUACAGUGUGUCCAGAAAAUGUCAGAUGGACUAGAAGAGCAGCAGCAGGCUCUCUCACUUUUACUUGUGAAAUUCUUUAUCAUCCUUUGCAGAAAUUUGGCUAAUGUGGAAGAGAUUGGGAUGUGUUCAUACAUUAACCAUGUUAUCACCAUGACUACGUUAUACAUUCAACAGUUAAAAAGCAAAACAAAAGAAAAAGAACUGGCAGAUCAGACCCCCAUAGAAGAAUUUGUGCGACAUGCAUUGGCUUUUUGUGAAAGUCUCUACGAUCCAUAUCGAAACUGGAGGCAGCGAAUUGCAGGGCGUUUCCUUAGUACGGUUGAGAAGAGCAGACAGAAGUAUAAACCAGCUUCCCUCACUGUUGAGUUUGUCCCUUUUUUUUACCAAUGCUUUCAAGAAAGUGAACAUCUCAAGGAAAGCCUGAAAUGUUGCCUGCUACAUCUUUUUGGAGCUAUUGUGGCUGGUGGUCAGAGGAAUGCUCUUCAAGCAGUAUCUCCUGCCACCAUGGAAGUCUUGAUGCGUGUUUUAGCAGACUGUGACAACUGGGAUGACAGGAACCCUGAGGAAGUGAGCAGGAAGGCAGAGCUGACUCUGAAGUGCCUGACAGAAGUUGUCCAUAUCCUUCUAACCAGCAGUUCUGACCAGCGGCAAGUGGAGACAAGUACAAUAUUGGAGAACUAUUUCAAGUUGCUUAAUUCAGACCAUUCAGCUUUACCUAAUGCAAGGCGAUGCAGGCAGUGGGAGAGCAGGUUCAUAGCACUACAGGUCCAAAUGCUGAAUACCAUCACAGCCAUGUUAGACUGCACAGAUAGGCCUGUUCUGCAGGCAAUUUUCCUUAACAGUAACUGCUUUGAGCAUCUCAUUCGACUGUUGCAGAACUGCAAGCUGUUUUUAAAUGCUAACAAUAAAGUGGCAGACAAGAGUGAGAAAGACCUUGCCAACAAAUUACUGACAGAAAUGAAUGAGGACCAGGUGUUUCAGGGGCACCUAGACCGCUUGGCAGUAUCAACCAUUCAAGCCCUCACAGCAGUAAUGCACAAUUCUCCAGCUGCUAAGGAGGUCUUCAAGGAGAGGAUUGGUUAUGCACACAUAUAUGAGGUACUGAAAUCGCUGGGUCAGCCCUCACGGGAAUUGCUGGAAGAACUCAUGAAUAUGGCUGUCGAAGGUGACCACAUGGCUGUUGGGAUACUAGGCAUAAGUAAUGUCCAGCCCUUAUUGCUGCUUAUCCAGUGGCUUCCAGAACUAGAAUCACAUGACCUGCAGAUUUUCAUCUCAAAUUGGUUGAGGCGAAUCUGUUGUAUUAACAGGCAGAGUCGUGCCACGUGUGUCAAUGCCAGCAUGGUCAUCCGUAUCAUUGAGACACUGAAGUCCCACUCUGCGCUCCACUGUACUUGUGCAGAGAACCUGAUUGCCCUUCUGGGCUCUUUGGGGAGCCAGUCAAUGGGCUCAGAAGAACUGCUUCAACUAAUACGGCUCCUGAGGACCGAGGAACCAAAACGAGCUCACCCUUACGUUGUUCCAGUGAUGCGAGCCAUUCUGGCAAUGGCCCGGAAGCAGGGCAUGGCUAGUGCUUUGCAGUAUUUCAACUUGUACCACAGCAUGGCUGGAAUUGCUGUUCCAUCAAUUCAUAAAUGGCCAGGCUCUGCGUUUUCUUUCAAUGCUUGGCUCUGCCUUGACCAGGACCGGGUGGACCCUAGCCCAACUAGCAAAAGUGGCAAGAGGAAGCAACUAUAUAGCUUUUUUACAGGAAGUGGUAUGGGUUUUGAAGCAUUUAUUACAUACUCUGGCGUAUUGGUGGUUGCAGUUUGCACGAAGAGGGAAUAUGCAACAGUGAUGCUGCCUGACCAUUGUUUCUUUGACUCUCUCUGGCACAACAUAACUAUUGUUCACAUGCCUGGAAAGAGGCCCUUUGGUCAGAGCCUUGUGUACAUCUAUGUCAAUGGACAGCAGAAGGUCUCUGCCCCGCUUCGGUUCCCUGCCAUGAAUGAAUCUUUUACUUCUUGCUGCAUUGGUUCAGCUGGUCAAAGAACAACAACUCCUCCUCCAUCUCAGAUACCAGAUCCACCUUUUUCCUCCCCCAUUAUGCCCCAUCGGACAUCACUUGGGGGCAUUCUCUCUACAGGAAGUUGGGGUGGGAUGCUUGGAAAACCAGAGCUCAUCACCAAGAUGAUCUCAGCAGGGACUCAGGACAGUGAAUGGGGAUGUCCAACAUCUUUGGAGGGCCAACUUGGGUCGGUUAUCAUCUUUCAUGAAGCACUGCAACCUUCUCAGGUGAAAGCAUUAUAUUUAGCAGGUCCAAACUGUUUAACUCCAUGGAAGUCUCAAGAGGCUGAAGUAGCAGAUCUCCCCAGUAAGGUGUUGCUUCAUUAUACGCCAAAGGCCUGCAGAAACCCAAUUUGUCUUGACCUGUCUGCAAAUCUUUUACAUGGAAGACUAACUGGAAACAAAGUAGUGAACUGGGACAUCAAGGAUAUGAUCAACUGUAUUGGUGGUAUAAAUGUGCUGUUUCCAUUGCUGGAGCAGAUCAGUUUUCUUGGUGGACAGGUGCCUGAGAAGUCUGAAGGGGAAGCUCUACCUCCAGAGCUAGUUACUCCUGUAGAGGGAGACUGGGUGGUGUUGUCAUCCACAAAGGCAUCAGAAGCCCGCCUGGAGAAGAACAUUGUUGCAACUUUCAUCUUGAUGAUAAAACACUUUAUUCAGAGACACCAUGUUAACCAAGAAAAUCUCAUUCACUCCCAUGGAGUUGCCACACUUGGAGCCUUGUUACAGAAGGUGCCAAGCAUCUUGAUGGAUGUGAAUGUCCUGAUGGCUGUACAGUUGUUAAUAGAACAAGUCUCGGUAGAAAAGAACAUGCAGCUUUUGCAACAGAUGUAUCAACACUUACUUUUUGACUUCAGUAUCUGGAACAGUGGGGACUUUCCCUUCAGAAUUGGGCACAUACAAUAUCUUUCCACAAUCAUCAAAGACAGCAGAAGACUCUUCAGAAAGAAAUACGGUGUGCAGUUUCUUCUAGACACACUCAGGAUUUAUUAUGGGAGUGGCUGUAAAGAUGGUGAUUUGGCUCCUGAUGACCUCAGAACAAUACGGACAUCCCUCUAUGGAUUGAUCAAAUAUUUCCUGAGCAAAGGUGGAACACAUGAGGAAAUACAGAGCAUUGUGGGAUACAUCGCUGCCACCAGUGAAGAGGAGCAGCUUUGUGGAAUUCUGGAUGUUCUCUUCAGCCUACUUCAUUCCAGCCCAACCUCAGACCAGCUUUUUCUAUUGCUUUUUGAACCAGGGAAUGCUGAUAUUCUUUAUGCUCUGUUAUUGCAUCAAAGAUACUCUGACAGGCUUAGAGAACUUGUGUUCAAGAUUGUUGAAGAGAUGCUGAAAUGUACUAAAGUUUAUGAACGUAGUAAGCACCGUAUGAGACUCAGAGAAGUGGGAUACUCUGGACUGGGGCUCCUUCUGAAUGAAUCGCCAGUUACUGUUUCUCUUAUUAAAAACCUUCUUAACCAAGUUCUGUAUGCAGAUCCAGUUGUGAAUUAUAAAGAUCUAUUAGCUGUAGUGCAUCUGGCUCACAGAUCAGAUAUAAAUGUGAGAGUGGUUAUCUGUAGAAAGGUUUUGCACCUUUUGCAUUCCCAGUUGGAUGCAGCACAACAGAUUUCUCAACAGCUGGGCUGGCAAGACACUUUGAUUAGACUAUUCCUGAAAGAAAACUCAGAUGUUCGGAUUGGCUUUAAAGAGAACAGGGCUGAUUCCACAAGGGAAGAGGAGAAAAAGCCUCCUGCUGAAGAGCUUCAGAAACAUCAAUCUGAUAAGGCAGAGGGAGACAAAACUGGCAGCUUUGCAUCUGUUAAUGGUCUGUUUGAUGAAUGGAGAUUAGAAGACAACAAAUCCCUGGAUGUCCCUGCUCAUUUCUCUGUUAUGCCACUGGAGGAUGCAUCCACAGCAGAGAUGUCUUUUAGGUUGGAGGACCGAGAAGAAUUGUGGCACAGUAACCCUUCACAUUUAAGUUUAGAUCUGUCCAGUGUGGACUCCUAUGAAUUGGCUGACAUUGUGAAUCAGAUGACAGAUAGCCAGCCCAGCACACCAUCACCUACAGAGAACACGAAACCUUUCUCUGGGCAGCCUGACAAAGAGCUGGGCGUUACAAAUGAUGCGUGCUUCACUGCUGAUCUUUCCUUAUUUGAAAACCAAGGAGGGGGUGAUAACGAACUCAUACAGUUACUUACAGACAUCCUACUGUGUAUAAUGUGGAAAGGCAUCGAGAAAUCUGAUGAUGCCGCUUGGAUUGAGAGAGGACAGGUGUUUUCUGCACUGACCAAACUGGGGAUAUCUAAUGAGUUGCUGCGACCUUCUGAUGAAAUUAAACUCAACUUGCUGGAGAAGAUGUUAGAAUGGUCAGUCACUGAUAACAGAGAUUCAAAAGCUCUUCCUACACAUGCUGAAAAUGCCUUCAAGCUCUUGCUAAUUGUACAAGAUUUCCUGCAGGCAGAAGGACUAGUUAAUUCAAAUUUAUGGACAGAAAAGCUCUUGGAAGAACUAGUGACUCUCAUGGAUAGCCUGUCAGUCUGGUACUCUGAUGGCCUAGAAGCAAUUAGGCUUUCACAGGUGCAAGUCCAGUUGCUCCUUGGAUUCAUUGCACAAGAUAACUUACAGGUCUGUGCUAUGGCAGCAGCCAAACUAAACACCCUUCUUCAGACCAAGGUAAUUGAGAGUCAGCCUGAAGCAUGCUACCUCUUGGGGAAGCUGGAAGGCAUCUUGAGUAGAUCAAUUGAAGAGAAGACAGAAACUUACUCAUUUUUGAUUCCCCUUGUUCGGACAUUGGUAUCCAAGAUUUAUGAACUUCUUUUCAUGAACCUGCAUCUCCCUUCAUUGCCUCCUACCAAUGGCAGCCCAUCUUUCUUUGAGGACUUUCAAGAAUACUGCAGCUCUGAUGAGUGGCAAGUUUAUAUUGACAAAUAUUGCUGUUUGUUUUGGUGGGACCAGAUUAUUCCAAAUAUGAAGCAGUAUGAAGAGAAUUCAUUCAGGCAUGAUCACGAGCAGAUGGCACUUUACUGGAAAGAUUGUUAUGAAGCAUUUAUGGUGAACAUGCACAAGCGAGACCGGGAGAGAGGAGAAAGUAAGCUUAAAUUUCAGGAGCAUUUUGUGGAACCAUUCAGCAGAAAGGCUCGACAGGAAAAUCUGCGGUACAACAGUAUGCUAAAGCAACUUAACAGUCAACACACAGCUACUCUGAGACAGUGGAGAGCAGCCCAGCUUUACUUGCUCUCCGAACGUGGUCCUUGGUCUGAAAUGAAACGGCAUCCUAUUCACUGGAAGCUUUCAAACGUGGAAAAUUUUUCACGUAUGAGACUAAAACUAGUACAGAAUUACAACUUCAACUCUCAUCAGGAUGCUAGUGACCUGAGAGAUAAUUUAGGUGUGCAUCAGACAGAGCCCUCUAGUGAGUCUCUCCUUCUGGAGGUGGUGAAGCAGGUGAAAGUGAGUGACUUGGAAGAUGAUGUUCUUGAACUACCUGAAGAAGACACAGCAGCCAGUUCCAAUUUGGAUGACAAGGACGAGCAAAGUCAGAAAGAAAAACUCAUAUUGUCUGAAGACUGCGAACUCAUUACAGUAAUUGAUGUGAUACCUGGCAGGCUGGAGAUCACUACCCAGCACAUCUAUUUCUUUGAUGGCAGCUUUGAAAAAGAGGAAGGGGUAGGGUUUGAUUUCAAAUGGCACCUUUCUCAAAUUCGAGAGAUACAUUUGCGUCGGUACAAUCUGAGGAGGUCAGCUUUGGAGAUCUUCCUUACAGAUCAAACCAACUAUUUCCUCAACUUCAAUAAGGAGGUACGAAACAAAGUAUAUAGUAGAAUACUGUCGCUGCGUUCUCCAAAUAUUUCUGGGACCAGAUCUCCACAGGAACUUUUUAAAGCUUCAGGUUUAACGCAGAAAUGGGUGAAUAGAGAAAUAUCCAACUUUGACUACCUUAUUCAGCUGAACACAAUGGCAGGACGAACUUACAAUGACCUUGCUCAAUACCCUGUGUUUCCCUGGAUUUUACGAGAUUAUACUUCAGAAGAGCUGGACCUGAAUAAUCCUGCAGUCUUUAGGGAUCUGUCCAAACCUGUAGGGGUGGUAAAUGAAAAGAACGCUAAGGCUGUGAAAGAGAAAUAUGAGAAUUUUGAGGAUCCCCUUGGGAUGAUUGACAAAUUUCACUAUGGGACACAUUACUCAAAUGCUGCUGGUGUCAUGCAUUACCUCAUUCGGGUAGAACCUUUCACAACACUUCAUAUCCAACUUCAAAGUGGCAGAUUUGACUGUGCUGACAGGCAAUUCCACUCUAUUCCUGCUACCUGGCAGGCACUCAUGCACAACCCCAAUGAUGUCAAGGAACUUAUCCCAGAGUUCUUCUACUUUCCAGAGUUCCUGGAGAAUCAAAAUGGUUUUAACUUAGGUCAGCUUCAAAUAUCCAAAGAGGUGGUAAAUGAUGUUGUUCUCCCCAAAUGGGCCCACUCCCCAGAAGACUUCAUUUAUAAACACAGGAAGGCUCUGGAAUCUGAGUAUGUUUCUGCUCAUCUUCAUGAAUGGAUAGAUUUGAUUUUUGGCUACAAGCAGAGGGGACCAGCUGCAGUGGAGGCGCUCAAUGUGUUCUACUAUUGUACUUACGAAGGGGCUGUGGAUUUGGAUGCUUUAACAGAUGAGAAAGAAAGGAAAGCUUUAGAAGGGAUGAUAAACAAUUUUGGGCAAACUCCCUGUCAGCUGUUAAAGGAGCCCCAUCCACAAAGGUUGUCAGCAGAAGAGGUAGUGCAAAGACUAACUAAAAGUGAUACCUCUACUUUGAAUCUCUUCCAGCACCUCACUGAACUGAAGUCAUUCUUCAUAGAGGGAAUCAGUGAUGGUGUGCCCAUUGUCAAAGCUGUUGUCCCCAGGAGUCAGUCACGUUCUUUUAUUUCUCAGGGAAGCCCAGAGAUUUUGGUAACGGCAAGCCUGAACUGCAUUAUUGGAACUCAUGGUUGGCUACCUUAUGAUAAAAACAUCUCCAACUAUUUUACGUUCAUCAGGGAUACCACAGUGACAAAUCCCAAAACACAACGCAGCGUGAGUGGUCCUUUUGCGCCGGGGCUGGAGAUCACCUCUAAGUUGUUUGCAGUAUCCCAUGAUGCAAAACUGCUCUUUAGUGGAGGACACUGGGACAACAGCAUCAGAGUAACAUCGCUUACAAAAGGCAAGCUGAUUGGACAGCACAUCAGGCACAUGGAUAUUGUGACCUGCUUGGCAAUAGACUACUGUGGAAUUCAUUUAAUUUCAGGCUCCAGAGAUACUACCUGUAUGAUAUGGCACAUAAUUCAUCAGGGAGGAGUGCCUGUAGGCCUGGCACCUAAGCCAUUACAGAUCCUUUACGGGCAUACUGAUGAAGUUUCGAGUGUUGGCAUCAGCACUGAACUGGAUAUGGCAGUAUCAGGAUCGAGGGAUGGGACUGUUAUUGUCCGCACUAUUCGGAAAGGUCAGUACGUGAGGACUUUACGACCACCUUGUGAGAGUUCUCUCCUGCUGACUGUUCCCAACCUGGCUGUGUCCUGGGAAGGCCAUAUAGUUGUCCAUACCAGCAUAGAAGGAAAGACUACUCUUAAGGAUAAGAAUGCAUUACAUCUCUAUUCUGUCAAUGGAAAAUAUCUGGGUUCUGAGACUCUGAAGGAGGAAGUGUCAGAUAUGUGUGUGACUGGCGAGUAUAUCGUGAUGGGCAGCUUACAGGGAUUUCUUUCCAUACGGGAUCUCUACAGCCUGAGUUUGACCAUCUCCCCCUUAGCCAUGCGACUGCCAAUUCAUUGCAUUUCUGUCACCAAAGAGUAUAGCCACAUCCUUGUUGGCUUGGAGGAUGGCAAGUUGAUUAUCGUUGGUGUUGGCAAGCCAGCAGAGAUGCGCUCAGGUCAGCUUUCCCGAAAGCUGUGGGGAUCAAGCAAACGGCUCAGCCAGAUUUCAUCAGGAGAGACUGAAUAUAACACUCAAGAUUCCAAGUGAUUGCUGCUUCUACCUUCUCUCAUGGAUUCCAGAAACAUGUUUAAUCUUUUGGUCACUUUAAAUGUGUAUCUCAACUUUCAGGUCCUUAAUUCUUAAGUCUGUUGAUGAUGAACCUAUGGUAGAGGUAUAGUGAUAAGCAUAUGUAAUCAGGCAACUUAGCUUGCUUGCAUAUUUUUCCUUAACUGUGUUGAUGUGGUCACAGCAGAAUCCCUCUCUAAAUAGCUGCUAAAAGUGUGUUUCAGAAAAAAAAAAGAAAAGAAAAAAAAAGGAUAAUUUUGAUAAUUGAAUUUAAGAUAAGUAGCAUUUAAUUUAAAGCUGAAUAGGGCCAGGUGCUCCUUGAUCACAAGGAAGCUAUUUGGCUUUGCUUUGAUAGCAUUGUAAUUCUCCAACAGUAAAUGAAAAUUCUGGCAGUUGCAGUGGUCAGAUUCAGAAUUGGGAUAGCUGACAGUUAUGACCUUUUCCAUAUAUUCUUUUUUUUUAGCCCAAUGAACAAUCUGUUCCAAUUUGUUCUUGUAAAUGGCUAUUGCUAUCUUCUUUUGUGUAGUUUCAGUUUUAGGCUGUUCUGCAAGGAACAUCUGUGUUGCACUACUUGAUUAUCAGAAAUUGUUUAAAGUACAGACAUGACUUAACUUCAAAGGAGUUGAAGGUGGUGAAGGAGCUGAAGGAGGUAGGAAAUACUUGCUGCUGAAAAUUUAUUUAUAUUGUUAGGUAGACUAACACACACACCAAGAAAUCCCAUAAUAUAUUUAAUAUCUUGAAGAAAUACAGAGGAAGAAUCGGUAUCUAUAUAUUGGUAAAAGAUCAAUCUACUUCAUUAGUAAGGCAACUCCUACCAAUAAAAGCAAAUUUCCACUGCAAAAUCAUUUAAACAUUGCAGCAUAAUUUAAUUAAAUAGCACCCGUUUGUUUCUUGGCUUGGUGUAACCGAACCACUUGUUAUCCUUUUUUAUUUUUUUGCCCUCUAUAAACAAGCAGGGAAGGCCUGGGAAGGGAAAAUACCAGAUCCUUACCUGCGUUAUAUCAACAAAAUAGUUAUGGAUUGUGUUCUAUAUUUUGGAGAAGCCAUUACUGAUUUUUUUGGUUUAGCAAUAUAUGGUGGUAGAAGGGUGUGUGUUUUCCUAUCAUUCUGACAUUUUAAUAAUAUUAAUGAUUUAAAUGAUAAAGCCCAUACUGUUAGAAAAGCUUGGUGCUGAGGGAAUAAUACAAGUUUUUGGAUUGGCCUGCGAAGGUAUGUGUGCAUAUGUAUUAUAUGUGUGUAUGUUUGUAUAUAUAUGUAUAUUCAUGUAUGUAUGUCUAUUAAAAGGAGAAAAUACCAUGGGGUAAGAGGAGUUAUAGAUAUAAGGCAGAGCUCUAAGUGAUUGUUAGCUAGUAUGUUCCCUUUUGGCUACCCCUUUCUUCCCUCUGCCAUCACUUUUCUUGUUAUUUUUAUUUAUUUAUGGAAAUGAAUGUGUGUUGUAUCUCUUAUAAAUGUUAUCAGAUAUUCCCUGUGGCUGGGGAGCUGUUGAACUACCUGAGGAACUCCAUAAUGUAUAAUCUUAUUUCAUUAACUUUUAGCACAAUAUUUAUUAACUUUGUAGAAAUAGUAUCUCUUUACCCCAGAAAAGAAUAAUCUUAACAAGUUCUGAUAGUCUCAUUUAAACUGUUUUCACUGCCUCAAUUUCUUUACUGGAAAAAACCCCGAACAACCCUCCUAAUGACUGAUUAAUGUGUUGUGUAAAGAAAGUCGUGCUGCUUUUUCUCAGCUUUUGUAAAUGAAAUAAUAAAUCAGACUAGUGAACAAGUGGGUCUAUGCAUAGUCGCAAUAUUCUAGCUAAUCACUGUGACAGACUGGAUUGUCUGGAAAGGUAGGAGAAAAUAAGAAUUAUUUCCCUGAGUCACUUGCCAAGAGAACAUUAAAUUUCCAAAAGUAGAGCAGUGUGGUUUUUUUCAGCCUCCAUGUAUGUAAAAAAAAAAAAACUAAACCUAAAUGCAUCUGUAUUUUCAAAUAAGCUAUAGAGACAUGAAAACACUAUUUUUUGAUCAAUUGCCUAUCCAGUAAGAAUACUAAGGAUACUCUGGAAGUAUUAAGUGUGUAUAUGAGAAUGUGAAGUAUGUUUGUCCAUUAUGAUUUCAUGAAGAAGGAUUCCAGGGGAGCUCUUUCGAGAGUAUUUUAGAAGAAUUUAAGCUUGGAAUGUGAGAUUUUUCUGUGUUAUGGGAAGUUGGAAAACUCAUUUGGGGCACUGAGUUGAUAGUUUUUGUAAGUAUGCAUAUAUGUUCUGUCUAAAUGCAUAUAUGAGGUUAAGUGUUUACUUGCAGGGGAAGAGGGCAGGAAAUGAUGCUUUGGGUUAGCAGAAUCAAGUGGAAAAAUUGAGGAGAGAGGUCUUUCAUAGUGUUUGGUGAAAGCAUAGUUCUCUUUCUGUCACUUCCACAGAAGGGGUUCAGAUAAGGGCUUGAAAACAUCCUACUGUGCGUUAGGUUAAGUUUAUACAACAGUUGAAUAAAUGGUUGUUUGUAGUUUAAUAUUAAAGAA